AACAGAUCAUGUAACAUCUAAAUCAUUUUACCAGCAGAAUAUGUCGAGUGGAACAUGGAUUGAGUCUUUUAAGUUGUGUGAAUCAUCUUACAUGUUAUCCCGUUACAGUCUGGUGUAUAACAAUGCUUCGUUUUCAGGUGGAACAUACUGGCUAUCUAAUACACGUAGAUGGAUUCAAGGAACAUUUACAAAUCAUGAGUUCUGUAUCGCUGCCAGACUUAAUAAAGAUGGCAGUCUCCGAAGAUUUCCACUAAGAUGUGACAGAAAACUACCUGGUCUGUGUGUAGGUCGUGAAUGGACGCCAAAUCAUGUCUUGUCAUCAGAUGAUCAUUCACCAAUUAAUAGUAAAUAUAUUAUAAUUCAAUGUCUUAAAGGAGUCAACUUUUCAUUAAAGCGUAGUUAAAAUGCUAAAUAUAAUUUUCAUUCGAUCGUCACAUUAACUUUCAUAACAGGGUUUUGUACUUUUUGAAAAUAUGUUCACUGCUUCGAACUGUUGAAGUCGUACAUUGUAACAAAUAACAUACAGAAACAGGUCAGCAACAAGUGGUGCACAGUUAUUCGGAUUUCAAAUGUUUGGCUUUGAGCGUUCCUGAUGAAGGUAAAUCCAGAAAAGCGCUUCGGACGCAAUAAAUUAUAUGGAAUCUCCAAAGCAAACACAAAUUUUAUCUAAUAAAAAUUCAAGGGCAGUUAUAGUAUCAAAGCAUGUCCAAUUCACGAAGUUCUUUUGUUUGUUCUUAUUAUACAAAUGGCCUAAAAGAUUUUGAACAUCUGUAUACGCAUU